AUGGGUGGUCGCGUGCCCUCGCCGAGCCCCCGAGCCCCCGGCCGACCCCCAGCCAGCGCGCGCUGGUCGCCGAGGCCCAGGCUGCUGCCGAGGGCCGCCUGUUUCCCCAUGGGCUACGCAGCAGCUCUUGCCUGUUCUCCUCAUAUGUACCAGGGAGCAAAUCCUGCCUUCCAAACAUGUUACACUCCUGGCACACCUUACAAAGUGUCCUGUUCCCCCACCAGUGGGGCGGUGCCGCCGUAUUUCUUUUCCCCCAGCCCUUACCAGACUGCCGGGUACCGCGUGCGAAAGGCCCACUCCCAGCAGAGCCCGUGUGUGCAGCGAGGCCCUUCCCACACUCAGCCCUUGUAUGCAGCGCCCCCGCGCGUCGUCCACCGCACCGCGGUGGUGCAGCCCAAAGGCACGCCGGCCUCGGUGGACCCUGCACCCAUCCCACCGCCCAGGGGCAAAGGGGUCACCAAGGGCACGGUGGUUGGGACCACCAUGGCCACGUCAGCAGGCACUCUGCCGACUACUCACUCCCUAACUCCUGUCGCCCCCCACCCCGUCACUCUGCCCAUGUACUGGUCCCCAGGAACAGUCACCUACAGCUACGCGAUCCCUCAGUGA